GUCUUGGUGGACCUGGAACCUGGGACCAUGGACAGCAUCCGAUCCAGCCGACUGGGGGCCCUCUUCCAGCCGGACAGCUUUGUCCACGGUAACUCUGGGGCCGGCAACAACUGGGCCAAGGGCCACUACACGGAGGGGGCCGAGCUGGUGGAGAGCGUGCUGGACGCGGUGCGCGCCGAGGCCGAGGGCUGCGACUGCCUGCAGGGCUUCCAGCUCGUGCACUCGCUGGGCGGGGGCACGGGCUCGGGGAUGGGCACGCUGCUCCUGGGCAAGAUCCGCGAGGAGUACCCCGACCGCAUCCUCAACUCCUUCAGCGUGAUGCCCUCGCCCAAGGUGUCGGACACGGUGGUGGAGCCCUACAACGCCGUGCUGUCCGUGCACCAGCUCCUGCAGAACUCGGACGCCUGCUUCUGCAUCGACAACGAGGCCCUCUACGACAUCUGCUUCCGCACCCUCCGGCUGGCCACGCCCACCUACGGCGACCUCAACCACCUGGUGUCCCUGACCAUGAGCGGCGUCACCACGUCGCUGCGCUUCCCGGGCCAGCUCAACGCCGACCUGCGCAAGCUGGCCGUGAACAUGGUGCCCUUCCCGCGCCUGCACUUCUUCAUGCCCGGCUUCGCGCCGCUCACGGCCCAGGGCAGCCAGCAGUACCGCGCGCUCUCAGUGGCCGAGCUCACCCAGCAGAUGUUCGACGCCCGCAACACCAUGGCCGCCUGUGACCCCCGCCGCGGCCGCUACCUGACCGUGGCCUGCAUCUUCCGGGGGAGGAUGUCCACCAAGGAGGUGGACGCGCAGCUGCUCGCCGUGCAGACCAGGAGCAGCGGCUGCUUCGUGGAGUGGAUCCCCAACAACGUCAAGGUGGCCGUGUGCGACAUCCCGCCCCGGGGGCUGAGCAUGGCGGCCACCUUCAUCGGCAACAGCACGGCCAUCCAGGAGCUCUUCAGCAGGAUUUCUGAGCACUUCUCAGCCAUGUUCAAGAGGAAGGCCUUCGUGCACUGGUACACAGGCGAGGGCAUGGACAUCAAUGAGUUUGCCGAAGCCGAGAGUAAUAUCCAGGAUUUGGUGUCCGAGUACCAACAGCUUCAAGAUGCCGAAGCAGUUCCGGAGGAGAAGGAGGAGGUCGGGGGGGAGGCAGAAACGGAACCAGGAGAUAAGAGACAUUAA